AAUGGAUCAAAAUUCCUUUUAAAUUCGAUGCUAACGCAAGCAUUUCUUGAAAGACAAACAUUAUCACCUCUUGAUUGAUGAUAAUCGCAUUUAAAUAUCGCAAGUAAGAAAAAUUUCACACUAAAAGAGUCAGCAAACUUUCAAUAAGCUAAGUACAUCCUUGAUUUAAUAUUCCAAAAUUUAGUGUUUUGGAAAACCGAAUAAAAUUAGUUAAUUGCAUUUGGCAUGAAGUAUAAUAAAGUACUUAAAUGGUUUCAUGCGGAGAAGAAUGAUCUAGAAGCAUUAUAUCGAGAAUUGCACACUCGCAUAUUCUUUGGAAACAUCUCAGCUAUAUAUGAGAGCAAGGAAAUGCUUGGGGCUGGAGCUUCAUGCAAAGUUUAUAAGGUUUAAAACAAGAUAACUCAUUACGAAUUUGCAUCAAAAUGCAUCAGAAAAGAUUACAUUUUUAAAAGGGAAGACAAAGAAAGAUAUGUAUGAUAAAUUUAAAUAUCAAAGAAUCGUUUGCUGCAAGAAAUAGAGCUAAUGAGAUUAAUCGAACAUGAUUCAAUUGUUAAAAUGGUUGAUAUUUAUGAAGGGGAUAAGUCAUACUACAUCAUUAUGGAAUUGCUCAAAGGUGAAACCCUCUACUCAUUCAUCAAAAAGACGCAAUUGAACGUUUCUCAAAUCAAGGCAGUGAUGAGUGUAUUUAUCAUAAGAAAUAAUUAGAGAUGUCUUAAAGCAUUAUGCUAUUUGAAUUUCCUCAACAUCAUUCACAGAGAUCUAAAAUUAGAAAACCUAGUGCUUCUUGAACCCAAUAAUGUGGAGACAGUUAAGAUCAUCGAUUUUGGUCUAGCCAUCCCCUUAUCUACUCCUAAUCGUCAAUUAUGCGGGACUCCUGGGUACAUUGCACCAGAAAUGUUCAUCGAUAAAUAUCCAUAUACCACAAAAGUUGAUAUGUUUAGUUUAGGUGCUAUAUUUUACAAACUCCUGAGUCGAAGAUCCUUAUUUAGUGGUAAUAAUAGUGAUGAAAUUCUUGAAAACAACAAGAGAUUUAAGUGCAAUAACCAUCUCAAGUGCUGCUCUAAUGAGAUCUUAGACUUGUUGAAAUAGAUGUUACAAAAGGAUCCCAAUAAGAGAAUUUCUCCAGAACAGGCUCUCUUACACCCAUUUUUUGAAGAAUCUAUUUAAGGUAUCAUGGUCUGUCACUUUCUCAAUAGGAGACUUAGGAGUCGCAGAUGAGAGCCCACAUGAAGUCGUGAGAACAUUCCCACAUAUCAAACCUAUGUAGAUCACUAACUCUAAUGAAAAUAUUCCGGAUAUCAAGAUUCAAGUUAUUAGAGGAAGUCAACCUAGCUUUGAGUAAAGUUUGGGGUCUAAUUACUUUCCUUCUUUUGAUGAAAUUAAUAAAAAAUCGAGAAAUGGCAGCGAUCACAUAAUUGAAUGA